CAGGACCACCAGCUGGAUCUGUUCUCACAGCAGCCACAGCACUGGACUGGGAAACAUGGUUCCAACACAGCGGGAUUCCCAGCUUUGUCUCCUUCUGCUGCUGGGGCUCAUGGGAAUGGUGAUCUCCUUCCAUGCCCCACCUGGGGGUCUAAGCUGGGCUCAGUGGUUUGAAGUUCAACACGUAAACAUGACCAAUGCUCAAUGCACCAUUGCAAUGCAGCCAAUUAACCGCCUUAAUUAUGUGAGUUUCCAGAGGCCCUGCAAAGGCCAAAAUACUUUCAUCCACACACGGCUUGCUGAUGUCAUUAAUCUCUGUGCCGGGACAAAUAUAACCUGCCGUAAUGGGGUUGAUAAAAAUUGCUAUAGAAGCCGAGCUGCAGUGAAUCUUACCUACUGCAACCUCACAGGACCGGCACGACCUUACAAUCAGUGCCAAUACCAGCAAGUAGCCUUACUGAGAAACUACAGUGUUGCCUGUGACAGUGGACACAUUCCAGUUCACUUCGAUAGAAUCUACUAAGCUCUGUGCCCGCAGUCACAGCCAUGGUCCCAUGCCGCCAUCCACCCUGGAUAUCAGCACCAGUCUCACCACCAGCCCACAACCCCUUUAAGCUCUGCUGCACUGCAGCUCCUGUGCACCGGCAAUAAACUCCUUUGCAGAAUGA